AUGAGUACGGCAAGUGCUAUGCCUACUCCUAUGAUCUCCUCUUUGCAGUUACUGUCUACAGGUUCAGAACAAUUUGAGGAUCCGAAGCUCUUCAGACUGUGGCCUGACCUGAGUUUUGCUGUGAGGAAGGUUUCUCAAUUCAUGCACAACCCUUUACUUGCUCACUGGAAGGCUGUGAAGAGGAUUUUACGAUAUCUUCAAGGAACACAAGAACAUGGUUUGCUUUUACAUAAAUGCAAUGACUAUAAGUUGUAUGGUUUUUCUGAUUCUGACUGGGUAGCAGAUCUAGAGGAUCGGAGGUCUGUUUUGGGUUAUUGUGUAUUCUUCGGAGCUAAUUUGGUUACUUGGUCUUGCAGAAAACAAACAACUAUAAGUAGGUCAUCAACUGAGGCAAAAUUUCAAAGCCUGGCAGCCUGUGAAGCAGAUAUUACAUGGGUGAAGAAUUUGCUGUCCGGGUUGAAGAUUGCAUUGACUACUGCUCCGUCUAUAUUUUGUGACAAUUUAAGUACUAUUUUGCUCACUGCAAAUCCAGUCUUACAUGACAAAAUGAAGCACUUUCAGUUAGAUAUCCAAGUUGUUCGAGAAAAGAUCAACAAUAAAUCAUUACAAGUUGUACAUAUUUCUGGAAUUGAAUAA